AUGAGUACAAGCGGGUAUUUGGUAGCGGGGCUACUGGAGAAGAUGGAUUCUUCAGAUACCGAUUUUCGGUAUAUGGCUACCAACGAUUUAAUGAAUGAACUUCAGAAAGAUGGUUUCACCUUGGAGGAACCAACUGAAAAGAAAGUUGUCAAUAAAAUAUUGGAAUUAAUGAACGAUCCCAAUGGAGAAGUGCAGAAUCUGGCAGUAAAAUGUCUUGGUCCGUUGGUGAAAAAAGUUCGUGAACCACAGCUUCAGGAUAUUAUCGAUAAACUUUGUGAUUAUACUGCAGAGGGAAAGGAUGAAUUACGAGAUAUUGCCGGGAUUGGAUUGAAAACUGUAAUUGUUGAAAUUCCCAGCAGUUCACCCAUAGCUAAUAAUGUUUUACAAAGAUUGAUUCCCAGAUUGUUAAGCUCGCUUGAAACUAAAUCGGCAACCUAUGAAGUGCAAAUGGAUACUCUGGAUAGCUUGAGUGAAAUCCUGGCACGAUUUGGAACAUUAGUUGCAAAUAAUCCCGAAACUCAAAAAAGAAUCCAAGAUGUAUUAGUGCCUCUUCUUAGUCAUCCUCGACCUGCAUUUAGAAAGAGAACUACUAUUGCUCUAGGCAAUCUUGUCGCACAUACACAAGAUGAGCUCUUUAAUGACUUAGUCAAGAAGUUAUUGACAGAAUUCAACAAAUCAAGUAAUCAACAUGACAAAUUAAAAACGCUAAUUCAAUGUGUAGGUACUUUAAGCCGUUCAAGUGCUCCGAGAUUGGGAAAAUAUUUACCGCAAUUUUUGCCACUUGUAAUUACCAAUGUUCAUGUGAAUGAUGACGAAUUAAGAGAGAACUGUUUGCAACAUACUUUCAGCAUAGUCUUCCAAGUUUUUAAUAUUUUAAUUGGUGAAUCUAGGGACUAUUCUGACGACGAUGAUCUUUCUUGGAAAGUAAGACGUUCUUCUUCCAAAUUACUUGCUGCCAUUAUUGGAACGCGUCAUGAGUUGCUUUCACAAUUGUAUCAAGAUGUGGCACCUGCGUUGGUGAACCGUUUCAAAGAAAGAGAAGAAUCGGUUCGUGUGGAUAUUUUUCAAACAUUUAUAGUUUUAUUAAGGCAAACUUUAGUAUACGGAGGCGAAAACUAUGCCUCAAGAAAUACUCAUGACUCGAUAGCAAUUAAAGCUACUGAGCUAGAAGCUGGUACCAGUCCAAAGCAACUUCUUCGUGGUUUAAUUCCGAAAUUAAGUCGCAAUUUAUCAAAGCAAUUGUUAUCAAAGUCUAUUUCCACAAAACAGACUGGUUUCUCUCUUCUCCGUGAAUUGGUGACCGUUCUAAACGGCGGAUUAGAGAAUCAUAUACAAUCUUUCAUUCCGGCAAUAGAAAACUCUUUAUCAGUUAAUUCUGAUUCUGGUCAUCAUCAUUCUGGCACUAAUUCUAACUUGAAAAUUGAAACGCUCACAUUUUUACGUCAAUUCUUUAAAGUCCAUCAACCGCAUGUCUUUCAUAAGCACCUCUCUCGUCUGUGUCCACCUAUUAUCAAUUCUGUGAACGAUAAAUUCUACAAAAUCACUUCCGAAGCUUUCUUAGUAUGCAUUGAAUUGAUCAAAGUUAUACGCCCAAUCGAAUAUUCCGCUGCCACAAAAACUUAUAAUUAUCAACCCUUGGAUCCAACACUCCAGAAAUAUAUAUUGGAGAUUUAUAAUGUUACAAUAUCACGUCUUAAGACUUUGGAUGUGGAUCAAGAAGUCAAAGAGCGUUCGAUUCUAUGCCUUGGAGUUUUGUUAUCACAGACGGGAGAUAGUUUGAAACCUCAACUUCCUCAAUGCAUGCCAUUGCUACUGGAGCGUCUAAGAAAUGAGGUGACGCGUCUCACUACCGUUAAGACUUUUACUAGUAUAGCUGAUAGUCCUGUUUGCGUAGAUCCUCAGGUGACAAAGACUGUAUUAGAAGCAGUAGAUGAAGUGGCGCUUCUAUUAAGAAAAAGUCAAAGACAAUUAAAAGUCGCUAGUUUGAUAUGUCUAGAAGUGUUUAUUAGAAGAUAUGGAAGUCAUUUCAAUCAACAAACAUACACUAGGCUAUAUUUAGAAUUGACACCUCAUAUUUCAGAUCAAGACUUGCAUCUUUUACCAUUAGCAUUGAACAAUGUCGUCGCUAUCCUUAUUGCUAAUCCAGACAACAUAAUAGCAGUCAACAGAGAUGUAGUUCCCACUGUCUUUGAUCUUGUCCAAUCAUCAAUAGUACAAGGCGCGGCUUUGGACAGUCUAAUUUCGUUAUUUAUUACUUUAGUCAAAACAAAAGAAUCUGAAUUCAAUAAAUUAUUAAACGGAUUGAUGAAGCCUGCUAUAACCCAAGAGCCAAAUCUCUUGACUUUAUCAAAACAGUCAUAUUCUACAAUAGCACAAUGCAUUGCGGCACUUUGUCUGAGUUCUCCAAGGAAUUUAGGACCAACAGCAGUCGAGUUUACUCGAAAAAUUGAGGCAUCCAAUCAAGGAGAUAAAUUACACCGAACUAUAUUGUCAUUAUUUUCUGCUCCUUCUGAAGAAGUUAAAUCAGCAGCAGCAUUCGCACUUGGUAAUAUCGCGGUUGGAAAUGUCAACAAAUAUUUACCGAUAGUGAUCCAAGAAAUAAUCCGCUCCGAUCCAAAGAAACGAUAUUUAUUACUACAUGCCCUUAAAGAAAUCAUUACACGGUACUCUAACGAUGCGGGUGUCAAAACUUUGGGUCCAUUUGCUGAUGAAACUUGGAAUAUAUUAUUUGACAGUGGUGAAGUUGUGGAAGAGGGUACACGUAACGUUGUUGCUGAAUGUAAACGACUUCGUCAUUCAUCCGCUCAAACUCGUGGCACAGUCGUGACUGCAAUUAAAUACACUUUCACAAACCAAGGUCAACAAUACGACGAAUUACUGCGGCCGCUAAUAGUGGAUUUCUUAUCGCUAAUUAAGGAUAGUGACUUGAAUGUACGUAGACUCUCAUUGUCGACUUUGAAUUCUGCUGCUCAUAGUAAACCAUAUUUGAUUCGUGACGUUUUGGAUCAAUUGCUUCCAUUGCUAUACGAGGAAACUGUUAUAAAAGAAAAUCUUAUUCACAUGGUGGAAAUGGGACCAUUUAAACAUAAAGUUGAUGAUGGGCUGGAUCUUCGGAAGGCAAACACAUGUCGUGAUAAACUGGAUAUUUUCCGUUUCUUGGAUCGAGUUCUUGCUGGAUUGACUGAUGUUCAUGACAUAGCGAUGCUUUCACAUACAAUGUUAAUUCGACUGACAGAAGUUGCUCCGACUGCUGUAAUGCAAAAAAUGGAUGAAGCGGUUGAACCACUCAAAGCUACUCUAGCAUAUAAACUUAAAGAAAAUGCGAUUAAAUCCGAAAUUGAAAAACAACAAGAAUUGGUUCGAUCUGCUUUACGAGUAACAGCAAUAUGGGCACCUUUAUCUGAACAAGGAUCUACACCAAAGUUUGAUUCAUGGCUCCGUGAAAUCAAAUCUGGCCCGCAUGCUGACACUUACCGAGCUGUUGAAGCUGAAGUGGAAAAUAAAGAUUAUUCAUAUGGUCACGGUGGUGAUGUUUCAAUGGAUUUAUCAUAA